AUGACAGAACAUAAUGAAUGGAAUGGAUCAUUAUUUGGUUGUUUUGAUGAUUGUGAAACAUGCAUUUACGGAUAUUACUGUGUAGCGUGUUUAUUCGGGCAGAAUGCCGAAAAAAUUGAUGGAAGUAAUUGUUGCUUCAUGUCCUUUAUGUAUUACAGCCUUGGUGCCGUUUUUUGUCAUUGGAUUCCACACUAUUUUAAACGAACUACUCUUCGACAAAAAUAUGGAUUACCACAAGAUCCAAAUUGUCCUGACUGUCCUGCAACAGCUUUUUGUAGCCCAUGUGCGAUCUGUCAAGAAGCUCGGUUUUUAAAACAACAGGAACAAAAUAAUACUAAUGCAGUCUAUACUACUGUUUCAGGUGCUAUGCCAAUUGCAAAUCAACCUCGGACAGCGCAUUAA